AUGGCAAACUUGGUAAAGCUUGAUUUUGUUACCCUGAAUAUUACUGGGAAGAAUUCCCUUACCUGGGUAAUGGAUGCCAAGAUUCAUCUGGAGGCAGCGAAUCUUGGAGAAACUAUUAAAAAGGAUAACAGUGCAUCAUCUCAAGAUCGGGCAAAGGCCAUGAUCUUUAUCAGUCGCCACCUUGAUAAGGGACUGAAGAGCGAGUACCUCAUGACUCACCUAAAGAUCCAGGAUUUUAAGAUGGUGGCUGAGUACAAUUCUGCUAUGUUUAGAAUUACCUCCCAAUUGAAGCUCUGUGGAGAAACCAUUACUGAGGAAGACAUGCUGGAAAAGACUUUCAACACUUUUCAUGUCUCCAAUGUGCUCAUACAGCAUCAGUAUAGAGAGCGAGGUUUUACUCAGUAUAACCAGUUGAUAUCUGUGCUCCUUGUAGCUGAGCAAAACAAUGAGCUUCUGAUGAAGAAUCAUCAGUCCCGGCUUACUGGAUCAGUAUCAUUCCCAGAAGUGAAUGAUGCUUCCCUUAAAGGGAAUACCAUAUCAUCUCAUGGCAAUAAUUAUAAACGAGGACGUGGCCACAAGCGAGGCCAAAAAGGCAAGAACCAUGGUGUCCAGUUCAGGUUCUAA